GAUGGAAAUAUCUUGAUAAUGACCAAUCAAGCGGAAUUGGAUCAAUUGGCCAAUGCCGAAUUGGAACGUUUACAAAGACAGCUCCGCUCUUUGCAAUUGGAAUUGCGUGGGCUGUUGGAUUAUAAGACCAAACAAUUGAAGAAACAAAAUCAUCUAAUAAGUGGCCUGCAAAAGGAACAUCAACAAUUGACCACCGAGAUUAUAACAUUAGAAGGUGGUAGUCAUGCCAAGAGGAGUGUUGGAAAAGAAAAGAAAUUGUCAACUCUACAGCUGCAAGAAGCCGAUGUUCAACGUAUUUUACAAAAUGAACGCACCAAUUUGUGGGAGUUGGAGGGUCAUAUCAAAAAGAUCGAAAAAGAAAUUGAUGGCAUGCGCAAAUUGGAAGUUCCCGAUAGUUGUUAUAAGGACACUAUAUGUAAAGUCCAAAAAAGUGUGGUGAAAUUGGAAAAUCGUUUAGAUGUGGUCAAUAAGAAAUGCAGUGAUGUGCUGACAGAGAAUUCCAAGCUGAGGGAUAAUAUUAAUCAUAUGCUACAAGAUCGAGCUAAUUUUAAUGAAAUGUGGCAAUCCAUGGUUACACAAUUUAAUGAGGGUAAAAAAUACAUUAUGGAUUUAAUCGAUCAAUCGACAUUGGCCUAUGAUCAACGCGAGGAGCUGUGUAAUAAAUUACAAUUACUAAAAGAUCGUAGUGAGAAUGAUAAAAUAAUACAUAUACAGGAAAUGCGUGAAAUGCAACGACGCUUGGAGCAUGAUGCCAAGUUGCAAAAGUUCUUCGAUAUAAAGGGACAGAAAAGGCAAAACCCUGAACUCGAACAAAGGGAAGUCAAUAAGAAGAUGGCUCAAAAGGAAGCAUUUGAAAGGCAAUUGCAGGAUUAUAAGGCAAUCAUUGAUAAAAUGAAGGAUCUAUAUAAGGAACCGGAUACCAGUAAAUUGGCAGCACAAUUUAAACGCCAAGAAGAAGAGAAUUUUGCCCUCUUUAAUUAUGUCAAUGAACUUAGCAAUGAGGUGGAGGUACUAAACGAUACCACCCAGGAACUUUCCGAUGAAAUUGAGCGUCAAAAAGCCGACCUUUUGGAAAAGGAACAAAAACAAAAAACCGAAUCACUGGAAUAUCUUAGUGAACAGUUGGAAAAUGCCAAAACGCAAAAUAAUGCCGCCAAAGAAAAGGCCGAAAUUUUAGAUAAACGUUUACAUGAAAUGUUAACCGGCAUUUGGGAAGUAUUUAAGUAUGUAUUUUCAGCACUUAAAUAG